AUGUCUAAACGUAAAGCAGUUUAUAAUAAUCAAGUAGAAGUUGAAACAGGAACGAAAAAAAAUCCAAGGACUUUAUCAAAAAAGAAGAGAGAAAUGAAUAUCGAAGAAACUAAUCAAUUAUUAUUAGAAAAAGAAGUAAUAGUAGAAGAUGAUGUAAGGGAUAAAAGUGAAGAUGAAGAUGAAGAAGAUGAAGAAGAUGAAGAUGAUGAUAAUGAUAACGACAAGUUAGGCGCGAUUAAAACAGUUCUGGAUUUGUUUCAGUUUUGUACAAAAUUAGAUAUAUGUAACUGGCUUUUAAAAAAUCCAGACAUUUUACGAUUAGCAAAUGAGAUGAAUGAAUCAUCUUAUGUCGUUAGUUCAAAGAAUACUGAAGAUAAAAUACGACUCUUGUAUGAGUCGGUAAAGUGCUUAUUUUUACGAGCGAGGAAUCUGAGUAGUGAAGCACUUGAUGAUUUGGUUGUGAAAAUUUUUCAGUUUAAAAUUUAUACUAGUGAAGCCAGAAGCUAUUUAGAAAAAACUCGUAAAUCUUUAAUUGACUUUCGAAAUAAAUUCAACCAAAAUAUUCUAAAUUUAGUGGAGGAAUACAAAAAAAUAAGAAAGAGCAGGGGUACGACUGGAAAUCUUUCACAAAAAGAAAUUAAAGAAUACGUUGAUGAAAACGUGAUGCAAAAACUUUUAAACCGUCAACUCGCAGCUGUCAAUAUUUUGGAAUUAACAAAUAAUGGAGGAACUGAUACGUUAGUUGA